AUGACAAAAGCAAAAACAUUUCUUUUUAUCAUUUUCAUUUUAUCUAUAAUUUUCGUCGCAUCUUUGUCUACUCCAAUCGCAAAAGAGGAAUCGUCUAAAAGUUAUGGAUCGUCUGAAAAGCAUACUGAUAGUUCUUAUAAAGGAUAUGGAUCGUCUGAAAAGCAUACUGAUAGUUAUUAUAAAGGAUAUGAAUCGUCUGAAAAGCACUCUAAAAGUUAUAAUAAAGGAGAAGAAUGCUACUGGAAUAACAAGCUAAACUAUGGACAUGCAGAUUGUUAUCCAAACUGCGGAUGUGUUAAUUCAUGUUGUGAAUGUCAAAGUUCAUAUACUUGUAGUUGUACUGAAUGCUAUUAA